AUGAGAGACAGAGAACGUGGAGUGGUCUGGGAGGAGACGCUGAUUUUACUACCAGAUAACAUCCAUCAUGUUUUCUUAUCCGCUACGAUCCCCAAUGCAAUUGAGUUUGCCAGAUGGAUCUGCCAACUGCACAAACAACCGUGCCAUGUGGUAUACACUGACUACCGUCCCACGCCACUGCAACACUACAUAUUCUCCGCAGGGGGAGAUGGGCUAUACCUGGUUGUGGAUGAGAAUG